AUGCGGGCAGAAUACUGUGAUCGGUGCUUAAGGGAAACUGAUAAGGUGAAUGGCGGAGAAGAUAGGGAAGAAGGAAGGGUUCUGGUGGUUAACCGACUGAAGGAGAGCGUGCAGGAGGAGAGCCGGCGGAUGACGAGGCUGUAUAGCUGGCUAGAUCGAGUGCGGGAGGUAGGAUGCUCGGUAUGCUUUGUUAAGUGGCACAUACACGGGGCAAAGGAGGAAAAUAAAGGGAGGAUAGAGCAUGAGCGGAAGGACUGCAAGCUGCUAAAGCAGAAGGAUUUUGAUCGAUGGCAGGCAAGACUACGGUUUGCAGACUACGAGUGCUGCUGGGAGUGCGGUCUGCCGUAUAACUGGUGUAGCGUGGGACGAGUGCAGG